AUGGUGCGCUUCAAAAGGACCCCGGAGGUGGUGUCGGAGGACCCCCGCUGCCGCGCCGGCCUGGAGGAGCGCGCCCUGUUCGGCCUCGUGCGGGACGCCGUCGCCCGGGCGCACGGGGCCUUCGGAGCGGCCGCCUGCGCCGUGGCCUUCACAGUGAAGUACCUCAAUGCCUACACUGGGGUGGUGCUGCUCCGGUGUCGGAAAGACUUCUACCAGCUCCUGUGGUCAGCCCUGCCCUUCAUCACUCAUUUAGAGAACAAGGGACAGCGCUUCCCCUGCUUCUUCAACACUCUGCACGUGGGAGGGACCAUCAGAACCUGUCAGAAGUUCCUGAUUCAGUACAACAGGCGCCAGCUUCUGAUCUUACUGCGGAACUGCCCUGAUGGAGAGGAACGGGAGUCUAUCAGAAAGUCGGUCAUGAGCUGUUCAUUAGAGGAACAGCAGGAAGACGAGUUCUCAGGAAGUGGAAGUGAAAAGGAUGCCACAGAGAUGGAGUGAAUGUCUGGCUGGGAAACUCUGCCACCCUGAUGCCCUCAGAAAAGCUUUCCUUCACCACCUUAGCUAAGGUGGAUCCAACCCCGUUUCCUCAGGCAAGCCUCGUUCUGUGCCUCAGAAGGGAUUAAGAGCAAAAUCCCUGGGAUCAAGCACCCUAACCCUAUGAAACGAACUACUUAAACCAAAAUUUCUGCCAUUUAUCCUUUUUCUGAUCAAAUUAACCGAAGCUUUGUCUGUUUUGGUUACCAACUAUUUUAUUAGCUCAAUAGUUUCCAUUUUCAGAAUGGAAAGUUUCAGAAUUCCUAGUUUGGUAUUUAAUUGUUCCAUUUCUAACUUUUUGAGUUGCAUGUAUUUUAUUCAUAUAGCUUUUUAGAUUAAAAAAUUUCCCCUGAAAACUGCCUUGGCUGCAUCUCAUAGGUUUUGGUAUAUUGUCUCAUUUUUGUCAUUUUCUUGGAUAAAUUAUGGAUUGUUUCUUUGAUUAUUUGAUCCACUCGUUCUUAGAUGCUGAGAGGGGUUGUUUAUCCUUUUUCAAUAUAAUUUUUGUUGCUGUGAACAAAUGCCCUCUCCACCUCUUGAUUUGAUUCCCCAGUCUUCACAGAAUCCACUGGUAAAAUGAUGCAACAAAUUUGGGUCUCUUGGAAAGGAUUCCCUCCCCUGCUAGUGUAAGUUACUCACAGUAAUAACCCUUCCUAGUGGCAUAGAGUUAGGUGAAACCAAAAUGCUGAAUGGAAUCUAUAUUAAACUACCUGGUCUUAGGUUGGUCUUAGAAUUUGAAGGUAACCAAGGAAAUGGAAUGUUAUCUUCAAGUUCUAUUUCCUUGGUUACAUUUAACUCCAAAGAGAAAAGAAUUAGCCCCACUUUGGCCCAAGCCCAUGGCUGCCCUGUUGGUGAUGUGGGAGGGAUGCUUCACUCCUUUCUCUACUGACCGAAUGUUCCCCAGCUUGAUCUAGGAGGAGGGGAAGGGGGAACAAAGGGGGUUGUAGACAAGCUUCCGGGCUAUGCUGAAGCCAUCCCAGGAUAGGAUUUGGCCAACAGGCCUAGGUUUGAUUUGAAUUUUAAAAAAGAAGGCUCACGCUUCCUCUUGUGCAUAUGAUUUAUUGCAACUGUUUGCCUUCGCCAUUACGUUACACCUAGAGGUCACUUUAUUCAACAACAACAAAAAUCCACAUCACUGAAACUCGGCUUCAAACCAAACCCCAAGCAGCACACAAGGAGACUGCUGCAGAAAUCGAGGGAGGCGGUGGACAGGGCAUUGCUGCUUUCAACCCAGCUCAGUAUCAAGUCCGCGUGACUCGCGCUGCCUCCUCCUGCAUCCCAAUAGCCAAAUUCUUGGCCGUCCCUGCUUGUGUCACUCAGACCUGUCCCAUUAAUACCUGCUACCCCAACUGUGAGGUAGGCAUGUGGUCGCUUCUAACCAGACUUGUUAGUAACUUUUUCUUGCUGAGCCAUUAGGUAGAGAGGAGGUAGAGAGGUUGAAGGGAGUCUCUCCUCUCCAGGCAAGUCCAAAAUCCAACUACUAUGUAUGUAUUUGGAGGCCUAAAGCUCUCUGAAGUUGGCAUUACAGGCUCUCUGC